GCCGUUAGCCGUCAGCCGUCUUCGUCAACAUAGUGCUUUGGAUUUUAAUAUAAUUCAAUUAAUUAUAAAUUUGAAGAAUAAUUUUUUAAGCAACUUAUAGCUAUUAUGGGCUUGACAAAACAGUAUUUAGCCUAUCGACCUGUAGAUAGCUUUAACGUUAUCGCCAGUGGUAGAGCUAAUGUAAAUUUUGCCACCUUGAAUAGAAUUGAAGGCCGUUAUGCGCUAGCAGCAGCGGCUGAAAAUGUAGUUAUUUGGGAUUUAAGAUUGGGUGAGCGUGCUUUGACAUUACGCCGGGACAAACAAGAAGUAACUGCAAUUCGAGCCUCUCCAGACCACAUACAUGUUGCUGUGGGUUACAUUGAUGGUGUUGUAGAACUUUUCGAUUUACUAGCACCUGAACAAUCUGUAUGUACCUUAUCGUUGCAUAAGAGUGCAGUUUCUAUACUGCGUUUCGACGCUAUGGGAAUAAGAUUAGUUAGCGGCAGCCUUGACACUGAACUAAUCGUUGUGGACAUUGUGGAACAAGCCGGCCGUCAACGUCUUAUAGGACACAAUGCUCCAAUUACAGAUGCACAUUUUAUUCAACGCCUAGGUGAGCAAAACAUCGUGGUGAGUUCUUCGAAGGACACCCAGAUUAAGUUUUGGAAUUUGGAAACUCAAUUCUGUUUCAAAACAAUUGUGGACAAUCGUACAGAGGUAUGGGCUUUGGCAUUAAUUGGGGAUAUAAUGGUAGCAGGUUGCGGUGAAAGUACAAUGAACGUUUAUCGUCUUCGUCGACGCGAUGAUCCAACACAUAGCAUAGAAAACGCUGUUGAAGGUUUAAGUAUAGAUGAUGAGGACACAAUUAGUCCUAUAACAGUAACCAAUUGUGGUGUUAUACAGCGGGCGGGUAAGGGACGUUGUGUGAAUUUGGUCACAGAUCCCGCAGAACGUGUUAUUAGUUGUCAUGGAACAAAUGAUUUAAUCGAAAAUUUCUACAUAUGCACUGAGGAGGAAUCGAAAGAGAGGCUUUCAAAACGUUUAAAAAAAUCUCGUAAAACAGCCGAGUCAAUGGAGCAAGAUGGUAAGGCAAAUAAUGACUUGCUUUCGAACGGUUUAAGUCUUAGUGACGAAAUCAAACGAUUGGAAAGUAUAAAAGUAAAGCAGAAAAUUAAAUCAAUAGAUAUCAUCCUGGGUGCUAAAAAUGAGCUACGUGUGCUUGUAAGCUUAGCAAAUAACAGCUUACAAUUAUACAGUAUAAAUGCCUCGCUUAAACAUAAAACUUCGGAAGAGAGCAUUAAACAGCUACGCUCACUGACGCGCGUUGGACAUCAAUCGGAAGUGCGGUCCGUAUGUUUCAGCAACGACUCACUGGCUAUUGGCUCUGGUGCCGGCGAUUCGUUUAAGUUUUGGAAUCGUGAUUCCAUGCAGUGUCUUCGCACAAUAGCAACGGAUUAUAUAUUGUGCACCACUUUUGUUCCAGGUGAUCGCUAUGCACUUUUAGGCAUGAAAAGUGGAAAAUUAAUAAUAGUUGAUGUCAGCGCAGCGGAUAUUUGCGAAGAAAUACCUGCACAUGAGAGCGAAUUGUGGUCAAUCGCUCUAUUGCCAGAUAUGAAAGGCUGUGUUACCGGUAGUGGUGAUACGACUGUAAAAAUUUGGACUUUCGAGCUGGUUGACAAUGUGGCCACGAAUGGUACUACGGAAGUGGAUACGACGAGACCCAAAGUUCUUUCGUUAUUGCACAGAAAUACGCUCAAAUUGGAGGAGACAGUUUUAUGUGUUCGCGUCUCACCGAAUAUGAAAUACUUAGCCGUGGGUUUGCUCGAUGCCACUGUAAAAAUAUUCUUUCUCGACACUUUUAAGUUUUACUUAUCUUUGUACGGUCACAAAUUACCAGUGUUAUGUCUUGAUAUCAGUUACGACUCGACACUAAUAGCAACAGGGUCGGCAGAUCGAAAUAUAAAAAUUUGGGGCUUGGAUUUCGGAGACUGUCACAGAUCGCUGUUUGCACAUGACGACUCGGUGAUGGCUCUGCAAUUUAUACCAAAUACACAUAUGUUGUUCAGUUGCGGCAAAGAUGGCAAGGUAAAACAGUGGGAUGCAGAUUCAUUCGAAAAAAUAUUGACGUUGCCAGGACACAUUGGGGAAGCGUACAGCUUGGCAGUAAGUCCUAAUGGUAAAUUUCUUGUUUCAUGUGGCUCCGACCGUACACUACGCCUCUUUGAGCGCACAGAUGAGCCAAUUGUUUUACAAGAUGUACAAGAAGAAGAGCGGGAGGAAAUGGAAAAUCAACAAUUAGCCACUGGCGAAGAUAGUGGCGUACCUCAACUGCCAGGCUUAAAGUUGCCUUCGAGGAAAACUGUUGGCUCAGAGAAAGCUGCCGAAUCGAUACUUGAGUGUCUUGAAAUUUGCAAACAAUACGAGGUACAGGACGAAGAGAAGCCUGAAAUUCAUCCACUCAUGCGAGCCUUGCAAGUAGAUAAUCCAGAUGAUUUUCUAUUUACAACGUUACUGCGCAUACGAGCCUCUGAUUUGGAAGAAUCCCUUUUAUUACUGCCAUUUUCAAAUGUCUGUGAGCUGUUUGAAAGACUGCCACGUUUAAUUGAACGACAUAAUGAUCAGAUUGAAUUACUUUGUAAAGUUACAAUUUUUCUGUUCAAAGUUCAUAUGAAGCCAAUUAGCGCUGCAAAAAAUUUAAAACUUUUACUUAACGGCUUAGUACGUGCACUACAACGAGACGUUAGCGAAAUGCGGGAUACGAUUGGGAUGAAUGUGCAUUCAUUGAUUCUGUUACAACAUAAGAUUGAAGAACGCGAAGGAGUGGAACUGUUCCGUGAGGCGACACAGGAACGCAAAAAACGUGACAAGAAACGGCGUGAGGCAACCAAAAGGCGAUUAGCUAUACAAAUUACAUGAAUAUCACAUAUAUAGCGCACUAGACUGUGAUGUGAUAUAUUUGUGAAUUAAGUUUUAAUUAUUUUAUGUAAUAUACAUAUGUAAAUAUAUAUUUUUUGGUAAAUAUAAAA